AAAUAUAUAAACUUCCAAGCUCCACAAUCCCUCACAUUAUACAGCAGAGGACCAGAUGUUGGCAACACUCCCUGCACACCUGGCUACAUCCAAGAACAUUAACCUGUGCAGGAUGAGCAGCAAAGAAGAGGCCACUAAGUGCCCCCCAACCACACUCUCCAGCUUCACUAUCCAGUCCAUCCUGCAGGGCACGACCACCUCUGGCCGAGCCAAGACUUAUAGCAGCAGAGAGGCCAUCAUCACAUGCAGGGAGCCCAGCCCAAGUGCCUCCUCAGAUGAUGAAGAAGAAGAAGAAGAAGACGAGGAGGGAUGGAGAGAUCAGCGCUGCUUCUGCUCUGGAUCAGACAACAAGGAGUCCAGGGAGGAAGCCCCCCAUACCUGCACUUCCCAUAGGUGUCUCAAUAAAACACAAGGACCACACAGUUCAGAACCCCGGACCCAGCUGCCUUCUCCCUCCCAGCAGGACUAUACUGGGGAUAAGGAGAGACAUUUAACCCCUAGCAGCACACCAGGAGACAGGCAGAGGGAUUCUCAUGGGGACAGGCAGGCCAAUGGCAAGAAGAAGACCAGGACAGUGUUCUCCAGGAGCCAGGUCUACCAGCUGGAGUCCACGUUUGACAUGAAGAGGUAUCUCAGCAGCUCAGAGAGGGCUUGUCUGGCCUCCAGCCUCCAACUCACAGAAACCCAGGUCAAGACUUGGUUCCAGAACCGCAGGAACAAAUGGAAAAGACAAUUGUCUGCUGAACUGGAGGCAGCCAACAUGGCACAUGCCUCUGCCCAGACUCUGGUGGGCAUGCCCUUAGUAUUUAGAGACAAUUCGGUCCUGAGAGUCCCAGUGCCCAGGUCUAUAGCAUUCCCAGCCCCUUUGUACUAUUCAGGCAGCAACAUGUCCUUACCUCUGUAUAACCUAUACAACAAACUGGAGUACUGACUGCUGCCCCCCCUGUGCCAACCCUCCAAUGGAAAUACAAGAAUACACCAUGUGUAUGCGCCCACCUUAACUCAUCUCCAUUAUCUGCUGCACCAGAUUUCUAUGUAUGUAUCUAUGUAUUAUUUACAUAAUUUUAUUAUAUAUUAUUUUUUAUUAAAGACCCUCCAGU